UCUUCGCCUGCUUAAACGGCGCCGCUGUGGACGUCCACGCCGUUAACCAUAAAGCGGAUCUGCUCCGCCGGCCUUUGUUUAACCUGAGAGUUUAUGGCCGAGUGAAAGUCCAACGACUGCAGCAGCUGUUGGAUUCUGACAGAAACCCAAACCACGUCUGUUCUGUCUGCGGUUCUGCCGCGGGAACAGGCGGGGUCCACAGAAGAACACAUGGGUGGGUGGGGCUUCAGGGGUCAGACGCCUUCCCCUCCGACGGUCACAGAAGCUGUCAGAAAACCCGAUUUUGAUGAUUUCAUCAGAAACUCGUCUGUUUUACUGCAGGACGUUUUAUGAGCCAAUAAAAGCGACUGGUUACACGUUAACCAGCAGGUCCUCCUGCAGCCGCAUGCAGAUUCCACAGCCAUCGAUCCAGGACCGGGGUGUCCGCCGGCUGCAGCGGUGCAGAUUUUUUUCCAGUGAAAACCUUUGAUCAGUUGUGAAACGGCGACCUUCUCCGCUCAGAUGGAUCCUGGCGUGGAAGGCCGUCUCCAUGCCGACAGCCUCACCAACAUCCUGAGGAUGCUGGGUUCCCGCAGAGCAGACGGAUCCCAGAGCGCACUCGUCCUCAACGUGCUGUUGCUAGGAGACAAGCAGAGUGGGAGGAGCUCUGUGGGGAACGCUCUGAUUGGUGGAAAUGAGUUCCAGACCGGCUCGAACGUUCACGACGUUUCCAUGACGACCGAGUCUCGGCUUCUGAGUCGGAAUUUUCCAAAGUACUUCAGGAGACAGGGCGCAGAGACGGAUCUAACCCUGAGAGUGAUGGACACGCCCCCUCUGACGGCCGGCCCGCUGGGCUUGCAGGAGUCCUGCCCUGAAGGAGUCCAUGUCCUGGUGAUCGUGGCGCGCGCUGACCGCCCGUGCGGCGCACACGUGCAGAAGCUAGCACAGAACCUCCUGGGUCCAGACUGGCGUCAACACACUUUAAUCGUCUUCACACACGCUGACCACCUGAGAGAGGCGGGGCUUAGCCAGACAGACUACCUCGAUCAGACUGCUGACUGGAUGACAGCCUUGGCAAAGGAGGUUAGGGGCGGAGUCUGUUUCCUGGACAACAGAUGCGAUUGGCCCAUAAUCGUAGGUCGACCCCUCAGAGACCAAGUCCUGAGGCUCUCAGCCACCAACCAUCACCGAGCGCUGAGCGUCCGGACAGACGCCGCGGGGAACGCCUAGCAUGUUCAGAGGAACUCUCCAUCAUCACGCUUUUGUCUCUUUGGACACAGAAAAUCCUCGCUUCGCUCUGCUUUACGCGUACGAUGGCCGAAGACGUGAACCGAUGUUUGUCUGAGUAAAACCCUGAAGAUGUCUGACGAACGCAAAUGUGAGUCUUUGCUCACUGAGACGUCUGAACACGGGUUCCAGAUGAAAGUGAAGCAGGAACAUCUUCAACAGUCGCGCUGCGAGUAACACAACAAUCAAAUACAACAAUGUUCAAUUGUCGUAUUUGAUUGUUGUUCUUUUUAUCUUUUCAGGUAGAAACUUUAACAUCUGUCCGGUUAAAACAGAUUAAAAACAGCCGCUGGGUGAUUCUGGCUCUUUGUUGUGAUGUUUUCAAUGUUCACCGUCCCAAAGAAAUGAAUAAAAGU